UCUUGUCAUCGAUUAGGAUGAAAGAGGACGAAAGCAUUCAAUGUGCUCGGACACGCAAUUUCGUCGAACGACCUCGCGUCUUCGGCAUAUUGACAUCCAAGUCGCGUGUAUGCACGGGCGACGACGAUAUGAAGAAACAUAAAGUUUCGUACAUACAAUGGUGGGUUAAACAUUGGUACAACAUUGCGGACUCCUUGUACAUCGCAAUGAUUGUCAUGGAGGUCACUGCACGGCCCCCGAGAAGAAGACAUAAAGAAAAAGAAGGAGAGGAAAAGGAGAGAAACGGAGACAGACAGUGAUUAGGUGGGGGUGCGGGUGGCAUUGGCGCAAGUUCGGCUACGAGGAUCAUCGUUGUCGUCGCGGAUGACACGAACGUCGAUGACAGCGUAUAAAAGUACGAACGAUCUUAUCCCGGAGUAUCAGUCUUCUGACGAUCCUCCCGCAAACAAACAUGGCCGGCAUGAUCUUCUUGUUCCUGGGACUGACGGCGUUCGCUCACGGGGCGGUGGUUCCCGCCGUGCUACCAGCGGCGGCACCCUUGGCGAAGUUGGAGGAAUUCGACGCGGUGCCGCAGUACAGCUUUGCGUACGACGUGCAAGACGCGGUGACCGGCGACUCCAAGGCCCAAUAUGAGACCCGAAACGGCGACAUCGUGCGGGGCAGUUACAGCCUGAUCGAGGCCGAUGGUACGCGUCGCAUCGUCGAGUAUACCGCGGAUCCGAUCAACGGUUUCAACGCGAUCGUUAGCAGAGAACCGGUAAUCGCCGCCGUCGCGACGCCUCUUAGACCAGCCGCCCUGGCGCCGAUAGCCCCGGCCUCGUUUGGACCGGCCGCGCUGACGCCGGUCGCCCCGGCACCGUCGAUACCCGCCAGUGGACCCGACUCCGACGUCGAGGUGGUUGAGGCUCGAACGUCGGGUUUCUCGACAUCGGCGAGAGCGACGACGCGCGAGCAGGAGAUUCAACGUCAGCAGUUCCAGCGGCUGCAGGAGCAACAACGUCAACAGCAGGAGCGGCAGCUGCAGGAGCGGCAGCUGCAGGAGCAACAAAGGCGAUCAUCGAGAUUGCAGAUCCAGCAGCAGGAGCAGCAGCAGGAUCGUCGACAACAAGCCGCCGCACCUGCAAGGGCCACCAUUGCCGGUCAGGAGCAACAACUAGCAGCGAACGCCCGAUUAAUCGGUCUCCCGGCCAGGGCGAUAGCCACUUAUCCGACUUACCCCUAUAGCGCCGCGUACUACUCGCCGUUCGCCUACGCUGCACCCCUCACUGGUCUCGCUUACAACCCCGCUACCGCAUUAGCAUAAAUUUUACUCUUGUGCAUCUCGAGUUGCAACCAGUCUGCAUGUUGUUUUUACCCAGUUAUAGACGAUGAAACUGCAAUAAAAAUUGUUUAUCAUGAGUUACUUAUAAACUCGAUUUCUUUUUUAUUAUUUCUUCGGUACAAUAGAGAUUCAUGAUGCCUAU